AAAACCUUCUAAUGUUUUGAACCCAUGCAUUGUUCAUGACUAGAAACUCCAUCAAUUUUUUGAAUCAACGAUUCAUACUUUGGGUUUAAACUUAUAAAAGUUUGAUUGAUAAAUCGUUCAUGCGUUUUGAAAUUCCAACAAAUUCAUAAACCUCGUGAAUCAUUCCUUAGGUUCCAUUUGACAAAGAUCCGAAUUCCAGCACCAUUUGCUGAAGUUAUUUCAAGUUUUUAUUUUGUCCAAAAUAUUUUCAUGCCAAAAGAGUGGCUAAAUGUUAUGGUAAUAGUAUUAUAUAUAUAUAUAUAUAUAUAUAUAUAUAUAUAUAUAUAUAUAUUUAAUGGCUAAUCCCGUAAAUUGAGGCCCUAAGUAAUCGGGCCCAAUGGGGCUGCAUUUUAAUAAAUAAUUAGUAGUAACAGUAAGCAAAUCCCCUAGAAAGCUGCAACCUAAAACCCUCAUCGAAAAAAGCAAAGCUGCAGGUGGUCUCAACAAUGGCGAAGAACAACGCGUUGAAAUCGACAGCAGUGGUAUUUGGAGCUCUAGCUUUUGGUUGGCUGGCGAUUGAGCUUGCUCUCAAGCCGUGGCUUGACAAAACCCGAGCCGCCAUGGACAAGUCUGACCCUUCUCGUGACCCCGACGAUGUUGAAGCCGUCGCCGAUCAAACUUCAGAAGCCGACAAGUCUCAGGUCGAUGUUGACCCUCCCCAGAAAGACAACUGAAUUGAGAGUUUUGUUUACUAUUUGGGUUGUAAAUCCCAAUAUAUUAUAUUGCUUUAAUUUAACUCUUUGGUAAAAUAAAAAAAAGAGUUAGGAAUGUGGUGACUUGUUAAUUUCUGUUUUAUGUUUCAGUUUCUAAUGUUUAUAGUAUUACGCUUGAGGGGAAAAUGGUAUUGCCGAAGCUUAAUUUGAUUCAAUUUGGAAUUUCAUCUA